AUGACUGCUAAAGCAGAUCUCUCAGGCUGGCCGGAGUACCCAAAGGAGUUCACCGUGCUGCAGCAGCGGAACCUGGCCUACAUCAACCACGCGUGCUGCAGGACGCCCGGAGCCGCAGACGCUGCAAGCUUCUCACUGGACAAACUUGUGCCAAUGCGUAAACACCCCGAGUGUGUGUCUGCGCCAGGCAUGACAGAGACAACCCCUGACAAUGCAGCAGAGGGGGGCAAGACGAGCCACUUUGGAGCCCAGAAACACAGGCGCGUCGCUGCCAACGCCCGGGAGAGGAGGAGGAUGCACGGCCUGAAUAAAGCGUUUGACGAGCUGAGGAGCGUCAUCCCCUCCUUGGAGAACGAGAGGAAGCUGUCCAAGUAUGACACACUGCAAAUGGCGCAGAUAUACAUCACUGAGCUGUCGGAGCUCCUGGCAGGUGUGGUUCAUCCAGAGUGCAGGAGUCCGCGACCAGGAUGCGCAGAGAAAACCCCAAGGAGGAGUCUGAUCCACUCCCUUAGACCAGCAGGCAAUGCUCAGACUCCCAACCUAAUGAGUGAAGAGCAGCGGGACCCCCGUGCUUCCAUCAGCCACCUUUUAAUACUCGGACCUACAUCUGACAUGGGGUCAAAUAUGUCCACCAGCUCCUCCAGCAGCAGUGAUGGAGAAUCUUCACAACUCAGUGACAUGGAGGAGAAUCAGAGCAGCAGACAGUGA